UCUCUCGUCUUUUGCUUCAGGAGAGAGGGAACCGAAAACCUGAACGGCAGCUCUCCUGGCGCUGUCUAUUAUAUCUCGGUGUGCAGUCGCGGCGACCGUACGGACGGACAGCCGCUCGGCGUGCGUUCUGCUUCCCCAAGACCGACUCCGUGCCCCAACCACGCCGCUGCCACCCGUCAUGGCUGUGCCUCUUCCGAUGCCAUUGUCCCGUGAUAACUGCCAGUGAGUGACAACCCGUCAGUGGAGUGCCGACGCGCGCCGUGCUGUUGUUUUCCGUUUGGUUCGCGUCGAGAUCCAUCGAGCGAACCUCCUGUUCGUUGUGUUUUUCCCCGGUUUUCUGGUCUUCCCGUCUCGUCGACGGUGUGUUUCGAACUGCUGUGCACAUUUACAAGCCCGGAGUUGGGGGGGCUACACGCUCUAUUUGGAUUUGCGGCGACGCAGCAGACCGAAGGAUUGGUGUUGUACCGUGCCGGCCUAAACAAUCGAAGUUCGCAAACCGGUGGCACCUUUCUAACCCUCGACAAGUUCGAACAGUGAGAUGGAGAAGAACGGCGCCAACGCCAAGGGUUUUCUCACCGAGGCCACGUGUCCGGUGAAAGUGACCGUCAGGACCGACCCCAUCGCCGACCACUACAACGUCGAGCCCAGACCCUUCGCAAGGGGCAAGUUCGCGACUGUGAGGCGCUGUGUGCACCGCGAGUCCGGCCGGGACUACGCGGCCAAGUACAUCCGGAAGCGGCGGCGCGCCUCGGACGUUCGCCACGAGAUCCUGCACGAGGCCCUGCUCCUGAAGCUGGCCCAGCCGUGCCCGCGCGUCGUCGACGUCCGGGAGGUCUUCGAGACGGCCUCGGAGGUCAUCCUCAUCCUCGAGAUGGCCGCCGGUGGUGAGCUGCAGCAUGUGCUGGACAGCGAGGAGUGCCUUCCCGAGAAGGACGUGGUUCGACUCAUGCGGCAGAUCCUGGAAGCCGUGCAGUUCCUCCACGAUAGGAACAUCGCUCACCUGGACAUCAAGCCUCAAAACCUGCUGCUGACGUCGGCGUUCCCCCAGGGCGACAUCUUGCUGUGCGACUUCGGGAUUUCCAGAGUGAUCGGCAAGGGCACCGAGAUCAGGGAGAUCGUUGGCACUCCAGACUACGUCGCCCCGGAAGUGCUUCAGUUUGAGCCCAUUUCUCUCGCCACUGACAUUUGGAGCCUUGGUGUCCUGACCUAUGUCCUGUUGUCGGGGCACUCCCCGUUUGGAGGGGACACAAAGCAGGAGACCUUCUGCAACAUCACAGCUGGCAGUCUGGACUUUCCCGAGGAUCUCUUUGGACACGUGUCCAGUGCAGCCAAAGAUUUUGUUAGGCGUCUCAUCGUCAGGGACGCAAGUAAGCGCCUGAGCGUCAAGGAGGGUCUGAACCACCCCUGGCUCGCGGCGAACAAGCUCCCCAGCCUUCCCAGCCUGCCCAGCCCCAAACUGAUGUGCCAUGUCCAGUCCCCUCCAUCGGAGUCCCCGGCCUUCUCCUGCUCCGCGAGCUCAGACUCCUCCGCGUCCGACGACAGCGACGACGCGCCUGCGUGCAAGCCACCCCCGAUCCCAUCCCCGAUCCGCUUCUAUGACGAGAACGAGGACGACGACGACGACGAUCUCAUCCAGCCGCCUCCGCUACCGCUGUCCCCUCCCCCCAAGUCGCCGGCCCCCUCGCCUCUCAAGGUCAUCCUCAAGGACUGCACCAACGGCACAGCCAACGCCGUCGGUGGCAACCAGAAGAAGAAUCAGACGAGCACGAUCCAGAUAAAUGUGACCCCGCGCUUCAAGCGCCAGAUGCUCGUAGACCGCCAGAUGCUAGUGGACCGCCAGCGAAGCCAGACCACGAUGACGACUGUGGAGCGUCGGAGUGCCUCGGUGCGCCAAGUCCAGGAGGUGGAGUCCGUAGUGGUUGGACUCGAUGGACUUUCUAUCAACGGCAAGCGCAUCCUCUUCACGGACGAGAUUUUGGUCGACGAGCGCGUCGGCAUUGUCUACUAGAAGACGCAGUGCCUUAACCCCCGGUGCUGUCAACAAUGGCAUCGACAUUCUUUUUUUUAUUAUUUGGUACCGCAGCAUGUGCAUCCUUCCCUGUGACAUCCCCUCCCCCCAUUUUUCGUUUUGCAUGUGAGCAAAAAAAAAGAACUGAAAGCCUCGGAUAUUUCGGGGUAUUGCUUAAGUUAUUGCAGUGCGUAUCUUAGGUUUCUUCGUCGAUGCUCCCACGAGGGUGUCGCUUUGUUUGUUUGGAGGGCUGUGUAAGAGAUGUUGGAGCAUCUCUGUGCCCCGACAAUUUCGUCACCGAGAUGGGCAACACUCUAAAAGAAGUUGUUGAAACCGUAACCACUCGUUGACGAAUCUAUGGCGUGCUGGUGCCUUGACAAAAAAAAAAAAGUGUGGGUGUGUGUAAAGCUGCCUCCCUCCAAGCCUAGCGUACAAAAUGCAGUCGCUGCUACGAAGCUUUCCGAUGGCAUGUCUCAAUACUGUUGUUCCGCAGACGAGUGUACCAAAGUCCGGAUUUUGCUACAUGUGUGUACAUAGGUUCCCCUCCUGCCCCUUAAUCUCUUGUUUUUCUUCCCCAGACCAAGCGCAGUUUUGAGUAUUAUUUGUAGGCCUGCUGGUCUUUCUACGGUAAUGAGGGUGUGUUUUGGGUUUUUGUCGGAGAGAAAUGAAGCAAGCAACCCCCCUGUUGCUGUUCUGAGCACGAACCGCCAUUUCUACUUUUUGAUCCUCUCAUGUUUGCGGAGCUUUCUUGGUGUGUGGGGUUAAUUAGUGCGUUUUUGUUUACAUUUUUUGCGGCUUCUAGUCUUCCUGAGUAGGAGUAGACAUACUUGCGAUGGUGGUGGUGAUGGCUUAUUCCAGGACCUUAGUCUCGAGGGAAUCCCUCUAUCUCGAUUACGUUUGUCCCAGUCCUCAUCUUGCAAUUCCGCUUUGCUGUUCUUCUCUCCUCUUAUCCUGGGUCGAGCAAUCGUCAUCCUGGUAUUUUCUCCAUUGUUUGCAAAAACCAGCUCUAUAGGUGGCAUUUUUUGUGAAGUGCACUACCUACUAUUGUGUAGUUGGCUGUUUUGAAUUGAAGUUUAUUUGGAUUUCUGCAAGCCAAGCCUGGUAGUGAGGUAGAGACGAAAGGCAUUUUUACCCGACUGUCUCGCGUGUUAGAACGAUGGGUCUCCGCUUUUACGGUGGCAUAGUUUUUAAAAGUUCUUUGAAAUCGAGAAAAGCUCUAAUUGUACUAUCUUGUUCACCUUUGACAAUACUGCAUGGCUUCACUAUGUCAAUAACCUAUCAACAAAUAAAAUUGUGUGUCUAGAAGUGCUUAAACAUGAAAACCAAGGAAAAGGCGAUAGGGAAAGUGAAAAGAAAGUAACAAGACUUUUUUUUUUAAGUUGUGGCUGUUAGGUUGAAAGAUUUGAUUUGACUAGAGAUAAGAACAUUUUUGUUCAAAGUCCUUUCCUUGUUGCUUUUAAACAUUUGAUCUAACUUCCUUGUAAGGUUUCAAUCAGUGCCUUCGAAGCAGCUCGCUCUGCAUUUCGUGUAUACGAUUGUAAAUGUGUACAUUAUGUCAGUUUCUUCGCCGAGUGAGUAUAGGACUUUACUUUGAUUCAGCUUUGCUUAAAAUUCAAGCACAUGGGUAGCCUUUUUUUUUUCUGUUUUUUUUGGAGCUGGUAAAUGGGAAAGCUUGUGGUAGGAAAGGGAAAGCCCCCUUCAUCUUUUUUUUCUUUUUAAUUUAUUCAUCCUCAGAGGCCAACCCAAGUAUGUGUUAAUUGCUCUCUGCUCGCUUCUCGCCCUUCUCCACUAUCCCUAAGCAGUUUGUCUGUUCCUUUCUUGCCAGAAGCGUCGGUGGUGCGCAUGGUACUGCAAAAUGACAGGAGCCAAAAUGAAGCUGUUGUAUUUGAGACAGUCGAAACUGUGAUUUACGUUUCUACACAUACUGCCAUCACGAUGUGCCUCUGUUUGUAGCAAUGACUCACAGCAAAACAAUAAAACAUGUGGCGAGUAGGAA